AUGCGAUGGCUCACCUCCUUCGCGGGCUACUGUGCCCCUCUCUUCCUGAUCAUGUCGCCCAUCCUGUCAUACAGUGACCAGGCGCUCUCGAUGCACCGGAACAAGUCUAGCGCGGGCUUCUCCCUCGACAUACCGCUCAUUAUGCUGGUGGCAUCUUUUUUCAGAAUAUUCUACUACCCUGGUGCACGAUUCGACGGCGCGCUCCUGAUACAAUCCUUCCUCAUGGUGAUUAUGCAGGUGCUGCUGCUCAAGAUUGCGCUGGAUCACCGGCCGGGCCCUGCGUCCAAAGGCGGUGACGCUGCUCUGCCGUUCGCCGGCGCGGCAAAAGAAGGGCUCUGGGAAAGAAGGAGGCCAUACCAGUUCUGGCAAUGGAGGUCACCAAAGCCGUAUUGGCAGUUUUUGCUGUACCUCUUCAUCGUCCUCACGGCGCUGGAGCUUAUACUCGCGCCCUUUACCGGCAUUUACGCUUUAUACUCAGUCCUGUUGGGCUAUAUUGGUCUUUCCGUCGAGGCGACGUUGCCCCUGCCGCAGAUCUUCGCCAACGCCCGCUCACGAUCCUGCAAGGGGUUCCGGGUGUCGGUUCUGGCUAGCUGGCUGGCAGGAGACGCCAUGAAGAUGUUCUGGUUUUUCACCUCGACAACUGAGAUCCCUUGGGCUUUCAAGUUGUGCGGUAUGUUCCAGGCGGGCUGCGACUGCUUUCUGGGGAUCCAGUACCUGAUGUACGGAAACGGGGAUCACAAGCUAAAGGAAGACGGCUCGCUGCCCAUGGAGCUGCCCAUGGAGAAAAAGACAGUCCUGCCCCUCCCGGCAACAAACGGAAGUUCCAUGGUGAGCGGCCGCCGAACACCGUUUGAGAAGUCGCUGCAAUAG